GUUUCGUACACAACUGAAAUACUGCAGAAAAUGGUGCUUUGUGACGAAGUAACUGUUUAAUGUAAUUAAUGGGCAAUUUGUUGUAUAUAAUACAUAUACUGAUAAUACUAUUAGUUCAAAGAGCAUCGGUGUAGCAGUAGGCGAUCGAUUUAAAGUAGCCGCAAUCUCGAUUGCCAAACAAGCGACUGUUGUCUGACCGAAUGGGAAACAGAUGGAGGACAAAUGAAAACUCUCUGAUCAAAAUAAACAGGGAUGGCGCAGAUCACAGGUGGACAUACAGUUGUACACGAAUUUAACGCAAGAACAGUCCAAGAGACAUGGUGGGCAUGUUGUGAGAAAGGGGAGCUCCUGGAGGGGCUGAAGCAACACUUCCGUGUGUACGCGCCGCUUGUGUACUCCACCAGCCAUGACUCCAGCAAGGAGGAGCAGAUGGCCAACAAGUACCUGUUCAGGCCCAUGGAGGAGUUCCUUUGUGGUACAACCGACUCAGAAAGUGUCUUACAACAACUCAAGGCCAAAAACCAACCCUCUCAGAUAUGUGGCCAUGUCUUCAAAUCAGGAGAACCAACAUAUUCUUGCAGGGAUUGUGCCAACGAUCCGACAUGUGUGCUGUGUAUUGACUGCUUCCAGAACAGCGUCCAUAGGCAGCACAGAUACAGGAUGCACACGUCGGGGGGUAACGGGUACUGCGACUGCGGAGACAUCGAGGCGUGGAAGAUGGAGCCUUACUGCAGUAUACACAGGUCAUCUCUAGACCAGAACCAUCAGCAGAACCCGAUUGACCUGCUCCCUGUUGAGCUGACUGACCGUGGCAGUGCCCUGUUCCUGGCCACGCUGACCUACUGUGUGGACAUGCUGACCUGGGAGGAGACGGCCAGUCUGCCCGGGGGGCUGGAGGCGGAGGACACCGUGGACAGUAACCUCUAUCACUGCAUGCUGUUCAAUGAUGAGGUUCAUACAUACGAUCAGGUUAUCACAACCCUCCAGCGAGCCAUUGACUGUACGCCAAGACAGGCAAUCGACUUUGCCACCAUUGUAGACAGAGAGGGAAGAAGCAAUGUCCGGACUGGAAGUAAGGCAGAAUGUGAUAGAGCCAAGGAAAUCAUUGAGCGGAACACCUCACGUCACGGGAGCAAGCCCCUGAAGGUGCUAGUGAUGCAAAACUCGGUCGUAGCCCACCAGAACUUUGCCAUGAAGAUGAUACAGUGGCUUCAGAACAUCAUCUCCAAAUCAGACGGGUUGCGGCGGUUGUUCUGCAUGCUGUCAAUGCAGGUGCCAAAACGGUCGAGUGCCAGUGCUAUGGAGGUGGAAGAUGAGGAUGCUCCACUGUCUCUCAUGGAGCGGGUUCUCCUGGCAGACACACAGCUAUGGAAAGUUGCUCGAGUUCAGAGCCAUCAGUUGCUUAUGGCUGGUGCUCUCAUGGACCAAGAGUGCAAGAAACUGUUUGCCGGCAUUUUCACCAAGCGAUAUGAUCAGCUUCUUCAGGACUUUUGCAAAGACGACCAUGAUCACGACGUGUCUGUUACGUCAUUAACAGUUCAAAUGUUUACAGUGCCCAGUCUGGCUCGGUCCCUCAUCGUGGAGUAUGAUCUACUCAGUGUCAUUCUAAAGUCAUUUCUCAGGCCUUGUGAAAACAAGAAAAACAAAGAUGGUAAACUUUGUUUUGACCGGAAUGAUCGCAAUCCAGUAUAUAAGAGGGCAUGGUACAUGCUGUAUGAUCUCAAAUAUGCACUCCUUGCGAAGCCAACCAGUCCUGAAGAAUGGUCAGAUGGACUACGCACAAACUUUCUCAAUGGAGUGGUGGCCUUGCUGGACUUGUUAAAGAUUAUGCAGGGGAUGGAUGCUGUGACGAGACAGACUGGACAGCACCUGGAGUUCGAGCCGGAGUGGGAGGGGGCCUUUAAUCUGCAGCUGAAGCUGGAGGAUGAUCUCAAACUGUUUGCCAGCUGGUGUGCUGAGGAUAAACAUAUUCUGACAGUAGCAUAUAAGGAAACACUAGAGGCUCUGUACCAGUGUAGGGACUCAGCGAAACGGGAGAAGUGCGAGGCUGCUGGCUACAACACCAAAUGUGUCAAGUAUGAUGUGUCGAGUCAGCCCACGUCUAUACAUCUACCCCUCACAAGGUUCCUGUCAGCUUUGCACUUACACCUUGGCAAGUUUGGACUUUCAUUCAACGCUCCAGAGCUUAGUACAAAGAAACGUCUGGAGCCGAUGGAGCUGAUGGAAGCUCCGCUGCGAACUCAGGUGAUGAUAGCCCAGACACAGGCGGGGAUGUGGAGGAGGAACGGAUUCGCUCUACUGAAUCAGAUUUUCUUUUAUCAUAAUGUGCGAUGUCGUGGUGAGAUGUAUGACAGGGAUAUAGCAAUGCUUCAGAUUGGUGCUUCACAGAUGAACCCGGACGACUUCAUUGUGUCUCUCCUGCAUAAGUUCAAUCUACUCCACUGGGCCAGACCUGAGUAUGAUGUCCCGGGUGGGCAGGAGGACUCUGUACGGCAGACAGUCAUGCUAGCGGAGGAGUUCCUCAACCUCCUCAUCAUCGUCCUGGAGGAGCGCUAUGUGCCUGGCAUAGGGGAGAUCACUCAGCAGGAUGUAGUGAAAAGGGAGAUAAUCCAUCAGUUGUGUAUAGCACCGAUGGCCCAUAGUGAACUUGUCAAGGCAUUACCAGAAGAUCACAACAAUGAGACAGGUGUUGAAGAUGUUGUCAGCGAGGUUGCCAACUUCAGGAAGCCGUCCUCUACUGACAAGGGGAAGUAUGAGUUGAAGGAGGAGUUCUACAGCCAGUAUUGCCCAUACUUUUACCACUACACCAAGACAGACCAGUCCAAGUCUGAAGAAACCCAAAGAAAAAGGAAGAAGCAACAAGAUGAGGAUCAAGCUCUUCCCCCUCCAGUACCUCCGUCCUUAACCUCACAGUUCCAGCCACUGGUCAACAUCCUACAGUGUGACGUCAUGCUGCAUAUCAUGCGAGUUGUUCUCACACGCACAGCUGCACAAAGGUCAAGGUCAUGGUCAGAAGCCCAGUUUGAGAGGAUUCUAUAUAUCAUUGGAAUAGCUCUCCAUGAGCAGCGCAGAGCAAUUGACAUGAACAACACAAGCUUUGAUUUCCUCAAUAAGGCUGUGAAAGACAAUGGCUUGUUGUCGCUGCUGCAGACCCUGGUGGGCAACCAGAACGUCAGCCAGGAUCCGGUGAAAGACCUACUUACUUGGAUGCUGAAGCAAUUUGCCGAGAUCUGCACCCGGAAGGACAGUUCUGUGGAUGUGGGGACGCUGGGGAACAUCGCCAGUGGCCGGGACCACAAGACAGAGGCAGAGAAGAAGAGGAAAGCCGAGCGGGCAGCGAAACGCAGGGCAAGGGUCAUGGCUCAGAUGUCCAAGAUGCAGAGGAACUUUAUUGCAGAGAAUGCUGAUCUGUUUGAAAACACCAGCACAGACCUGAAGGCUGCCACUUCUGAUAUGGAUCUGAGUGAGAGUCUUCCUGUCGGCUUCCCUGUAGCCCUGGGCAGCUGUCGCAGCAGUGCGGUCGUCACGGCGCCCAUCCACGCCACAUGUAUCCUGUGUCAGGAGGAACAGGAAGUCACAUGUAGCGGCAAAGCCAUGGUCCUUGCGGCUUUUGUACAGAGAUCCACUGUGUUGUCGCAGUGUCGGGGCAAGAGUGCGGAGAACAAGGAAGACUUUGACCCCAUGUUUAUGCUCCCUGACCUCCUCGUCGGCACCUACACCAGCUCCUGUGGCCAUGUGAUGCACCAUGACUGCUGGCAGAGGUACUUUGACAAUGUGAUGAACAAGGAGCGGCGGCGGCCUCUACGUUUCCGCCACAGCUACAGCUACGACAUAGACAAGAUGGAAUAUUUAUGUCCCCUCUGUGAGGGCCUCAGCAACACUGUGAUACCCAUCGUCCCUCCUCUCGUCUCCAUGCUGGCAGACACGGAGCAAGAGGUGGACCUAAAGUAUGAUGACUGGCUAGAUGGCAUCCAGAAGACUGUACAGAAUAGCAUCCAGGAAACCAAGGACAAGGAGUCUGAAGAAGACUUCCCCCUGUUCCAGCCAUGUCCGAUCUCCACCAUCACGCGCAUGAUGGCCGAGAGUGUCGCCAAGAACUUCCAGCUGCUCUGGGAGUAUGUGUAUGAUGAUGCCAGGUAUGUCGACACGUCUGUUAGAUGUAGCUCCAUGAUUAGAUAUAUUACAGUAGGGGUAUAUGUGACAUUUGGACUGAAUGUGGAUCCUGAUGAUGAAAACCCACGAGUGUCUGUGAUGGCGUGGAGCACAUGUGCCUUCACUAUACAAGCUAUAGAGCAAGUACUUCAGUCAGAAGACAAGAGCCUGUUUGGAUCGCUGCCGAAUCGGCAGUCAGACUUGCUGGGGUCGCUGGUGAGAUUCGGGGCGGUGGUGAGUCAAGUGAUGUCCCCUGACCAGGUGCGGCAACAGUGUGUCAGGCUGCUCUCAGCCUUGAUACCAAAUGAAAUGGAGAAGAGGAACAGAGAAUCGCCAUGUCUACUUGACCUUGACCUCUUCCACUAUCUGGUGACCUUGACCAUGACCCUGCCGACACUGUAUGCUGAGCAGCUGAAGUCUAUCUCGACACUGCCGACGGGUGGUCUCAACAACAAACAUGCCCUGCAGCUGGUUCUCACAGCUCACAUCACGCAGCUGAUGCUUUCAUUUGACGAGCAGCCACAAGACCCCAUGGAAGUUGAAGGAGAGAUGGAGGGCCAGUCAUUGGUCCGGGUGUACAACAAGCUGCGGGAGUGUGCUGGCACGAAGAUGGACCAGUCUCCAUCUCCCCACCAGCUUCUGCAGUACAUCCACCGUGCUGCUCUCCCCUUCCUCCGCUGUGCCGCGAUCCUCUACCACUAUGUCACUGGCGUCAUCGCACCAGAGGAUCUCUACAUUGAGGGAAAGAAGACCCAUGAGUUUGAGAUUCUGUGUCGGUACCUGGCUCUACCAGUCUCCAUGUCUGAGUUGUUUGAGAAGCAAGGAGAGAUCACAAGCACUCUUAUCCAGAGUUGGUGCUGCAGUCGGAAGUUGAAGGAACGCCUGUCGGCCAGCAGCGUCCAGCUGGUCCACUACCCCCUUCAGGUGAACACCCUGGUGGAGCUACCCCAGGACUUCAGCGAACUCAUCAACCAGGUGUCCACCUUCACGUGCCCCAAGUCAGAUGGAGAUGACAGCCGUGCCCCGACAAUGUGCCUGGCAUGUGGCCGGAUGCUGUGUUCACAGAGCUACUGUUGUCAGACUGAUCUGGAUGGACUGUCGGUCGGAGCUGCCACGGAACAUGCCGCAAAGUGUGGAGCUGGUAUCGGCAUCUUCCUGCGGGUGCGGGACUGUCAGAUACUGCUGCUGGCAGGUAAAACCAAAGGCUGCUUCAUAGCACCCCCGUAUCUGGACAACUACGGGGAGACAGAUCAAGGCCUCAGGCGUGGGAACCCUCUACGGCUGUGUGAGGAGAAGUACCGAGGUCUGCAGAAACUGUGGUUCUCGCACGCCAUCCCGGAAACCAUCGCACACAACCUGGAGUUCAACAGCAACUUCACUGCCAUUGAGUGGCAGAAUCUCUGAGGAUUACUCAACUUAGUCUCAUUCUGUUAAAGUUAUUAUUGAAAGUUAUUGUCACGUUAUAUCCCGAAAAGUUGAUUCCCUUGUUACAGUAACUUACUCAGGAAGGUCUUCGAGAACAUAUUUGAUGAUAGGCCACAGAUUGGGGGAGACACAGUUUACAUAUCAGGAAUCUGUUGUAGAUCUUUCUUCCUUGAUCCACUUCAUACAUUGAACAGUCACGUGUAUCUGGCAAUGCAGAUGUUAUACAUUUCAUAACAGGUUUUGCUGUGAGUUGUCAGUAGCCAAACCAAAGAAAUGGUAGUAAGUGUGCAAGGUCAAGG